AUGGCUGGUAUCGAUAUCAAGAACCACCACGUCAAGAAAUCCCAGCGUACGGCACCCAAGAGCGAGGAUCCCUACCUCCUCCUGCUCGUCAAGCUCUACCGUUUCUUGGCGCGCCGUACCGAUUCGAAUUUCAACAAGGUGAUCCUCCACCGACUUUUCCUAUCCAAAGUCAACAGGCCCCCGAUUUCGCUCUCGAGAAUCGUCCGGGAGACGACUGCCACUCCGGACUUGGACUCCAAAAUCAUUGUCACAGUAUCCACCGUCACCGACGACGUCCGUCUUACGGAAGUUCCCAAACUGUCGAUCGCUGCUCUGCGCUUCACUCGCGCCGCCAAGGACCGCAUCCUCAAGGCUGGCGGUGAAGCGCUCACCCUUGACCAGCUUGCACUACGCGCACCGACGGGAUCCAACACGGUCCUCUUGAGGGGCAAGAAGAACACCCGUGAGGCUGUCAAACACUUUGGCAUGGGCCCUCACAAGCACAAGAAGCCCUACACCAUCUCCAAGGGCCGCAAAUUCGAGCGCGCCCGUGGUCGCCGAAAGUCUCGUGGUUUCAAGGUAUAAGCAGUUUAAAACCGACGCGGGUCGGAUGGAGAGCACGCCCAGCCGAGUUCCGUCAUAUGCACUAUGGGUAUUUCUACAAAACGCUGUCAUCCACAAUACUUCUUUUGCACUUGUACGCCUCAUCUAUGCAUAUG